AAAAACAGGUGUGAGUGUGUGACGUUACUCUAAACUUUGAAGGGCCACUUGAAGAUUUUAAAUAAAUGCAAGAAAUAGCAGUCCACAAGUCUAAUAGUACCAAAAUAAACACUGAUAUAUAUCAAUGCCAAAACAAAAACAUAAAUACAAAAUCUUAAAUAGAGAUUUUGAAUAAACCUCUAACUCACAAGUUGUGACCAUCAUCCAUUUUCCUUCGCACAAACACACUCCCCUUCUUUGUCUACUCUCCUUCAUCUCACCAUCACUACCAAUUGACACUCGGUCGAUUUCUUCAUCUCCUUCUUCGUCCUCCCUUAAAUCGAAAACCUUAUAAUCAAGUCGUCAAUGUUCAUUAAAUAUACUUCGUACUAAUACUAUUGCUAUACAUAAAUUAAACUGUCACAUAUAAUUAAAUUAUAACCCUACACAUAUUUUAUUAUAUCUUCGAUUAUAUUAUUAUUAUUAUUAUUAUUAUUAUAUAGUUUAUUAUUAAUUAGCCUUAUCUAGAUUAAUUAUUAAUAUUCGAGGGUAAGUAAGUGGCCUAGGGAGGCUUUGUAAUGCUUGCAAUAUCACCCCUAAGGAGUAACAAAGAUGGCAACAACAAAGGAGGUACGAUGGAGGCGAAUUUCUCGAUGGGAACGGACGAUUUCCCGGACUUCUCCGGUACAAAUCUGCUCGAUAGCAUCGAUUUCGAUGAGUUGUUUAUGGGCAUGCACGAUGGUGAUGUGCUGCCAGAUCUUGAAAUGGAUCCGGAGUUAUUGGCAGACUUCUCCAUUAGUACCGGGGAAGACGAAUCAUCCGAGUUUAAUAACUCGUCGUCAGCUAUGUCUGUUGAGAACAUUAUUAGUCCUAAUGAUGAUGGUAACAUAGCUUCAUUUGAGGCUAGUUAUGAAGGUAACUAUGGUAACAAUGAUGUUAGUGAAGUACUUGAGACGUCGAUGGAGGUUAUGGAAAAAGACCAUGAUGGUCGUGGAUUGAGGACAUCGGAAAAGGAGGGGAUCGAGGGCAAGAAGGAUGUUAAGUCGGAGUCUACAACAACAACGAUUUCAUCCUCGAAAGAGAGUAAUAACAUGAAGAAAUCAUCAUCCUCGAGCUCCAAAUCCGGGGUUAAUAAUAACAACAAUCAUCAAGGGAAGCGAAAAACAAAGGUGGAUUGGACACCGGAACUUCAUAGAAGAUUCGUGCAAGCGGUGGAGCAACUAGGAGUUGAUAAGGCAGUCCCUUCGAGGAUUUUAGAGCUUAUGGGAAUUGACUGUCUUACUCGCCAUAACAUAGCCAGCCAUUUACAGUGUAUGCAUGAUUCUCAGAAAUAUCGAUCACAUCGGAAGCAUUUGCUAGCAAGGGAGGCCGAGGCAGCGAGUUGGACCCAAAAGCGACAAAUGUAUGGCGUCGCGAUGGGAGGUGCCGGCAAAGGUGGUGCAAACAUAAGCCCAUGGUAUCCACCAACAAUGGGUUUUCCUCCAAUGACAACGACUAUGCACUCGCCUUUUAGGCCACUACAUGUAUGGGGUCAUCCAACUAUGAAUCCUCAAGCAAGGUUGCAUUUGUGGCCUAAACAAGUUGCUCCUUCAACUACGCCGCUACCACCAACAUGGGCACCUCCUCCACAUCCACCACCGCCAGCGGAUCCAUCAUUUUGGCAUUCAGCUCACCAACGUAGAGUCGGAGUAGCACCAGUUCAAGGGAUUCCAUCACACACAAUGUACAGAUCAGAUCAACAAGGCCUCCGGUCACCGCCAGCGACGCAGUCUGGGCCCCACUCUUCAUUUGACCUUCAUCCGUCGAAGGAGAGUAUAGAUUCAGCCAUUGGAGACGUUUUAGCAAAACCGUGGCUGCCGCUUCCCAUAGGCUUAAAACCUCCAUCCAUGGACAGUGUUAUGGUGGAACUUCAGCGUCAAGGCAUUCCAAAGAUACCACCUUCUUGUGCAUCAAAUAUCGCAACACCUUACUUUUUGGUUCAAUAAUAAUAUACGUACGAAGGUGCGCAAAAGAAACACAACAAAAAUACCCCCAAUUUGACGACAUAUCAUGCGUGUAGAUAGAUGAUCUCCAUCUAUUAGCACAUGUUCCUCUUUUUAUUACAUGCAUUACCCUCGAUCAGUUGUCACUUUCUACGUAGGCAGCAUCUUUGGUUCGUCCGUGCAACAACUGAUAAAAUGGUUUGUGUGUUACAACAAAUUGUCUAGUGGACUCUCCAUUGUAUGAGUUUUAUUAUUUGUGAAUAAAUUUUGUAAUAUUAUGAGGCAUUUGCAUAUCUCAAUGGAUUAUCUUUGUUCUUCUAA